UUCCGUCUGGUCCGGAUCAGCAUCUCGACAUCGACUGCUCAUGUCUGUCCAAUUGAACAUGGCGGCACCCAUGGAUUCGCGUGCCGUGUUUACAGACGGUGUGCGAGUGGUCCUUCAUAAUUGGCCAGUUCUUCAGAUUGCGGUGGACAAUGGCUUUGGAGGCGUGUACGGGCAGCAGAAAGCUGACUGGAUGGUGGAUGUUGUCCAGCAGUAUUUCCAUGACAACACUGACCUUCAGCAGUUUGAAGUUGAAGAUUACAUCGCCACCCUCAUGGAUCAGGAGUUUGACACCGUGGUGGAUGACGGCAGUUUACCUCAAGUUUGUGUUAGACUGAUGCAGAUGUUUGGUCAGUGGCAGCAGGGGGCGCUGCAAGAGCUCACGCAAUCCAUCCAGUCCCUGACCCAGAAUAAGACAUCCAGGGCAAAGGUCACAGCCCCGCCUACACAGUCAGACUCAGAGAGUGAUGCGGAGACGCAGGCCAUGGAGUGUGACACCACUUCAGUCAACACAACAAAUCAUCCUCCUCAAGAUGAAGACGGAUGGACGCUGGUUCAAAAGAGAAAGUAACACAGAGGGGAUUAUCUUUGAACUUCUUACAUGGACCUGAGGACUCGAUGGUGAUGUCAUUAUGAUCAGUCACAUGACAUUAUGCUAUUGUUUUUUGGUAAAGCGCAGCAGGCCAGUUUGUUUUUAAUCACACCGGUCUGGUUGCUUGUACAUGAACAUAAUAAAUAUCACGUCAACGUCAGUCAGAAUCAUCUUAAUAAAUUAAAACAUAUUUUACAAAAUGA